AUGUCUCCAUAUUAUCUUUUACUUCUGUUUCUCUACAGCAUCUUACUUCUUGGUCAUUGGGUUCCAUCAUCAUAUGCAGAUGAUGUGGUUGGGUAUGGUUACAAAAUUGAUUCUGUCACUGCUGAUUCAGUUCACAACUCUUUAACGGCUAAUCUUAGCUUUAUUAAUAAUACUACUGUUUAUAGAGCUGAUAUUCAACAUCUCAAUUUUUUUGGCCAGAACUUACGGAUGACAUGUCUCCGGCUUGCAUAUUUCCAACUCUUUGUAUUAACAUGCAUUGCCUUUGUAUGCAGCUUUGAAACAGAAAACCGUUUGAGAAUCAGAAUAACAGAUUCCAACAAUCAAAGAUGGGAGGUCCCAGAAGACAUCAUUCCUCGGCAAAACCACUCCCAUACACAGAAAUCCUACAGUCCAAUGCAGCAGGAAAACCCUGUCAACAUAUCGAACCCGAACUCGCACUUCCUCUUCACCCUCCACAACACCACCCCUUUUGGCUCCUCCAUCAUCCGAAAAUCAUCCGGGGAUGUCCUUUUCAACACAUCGCCGGAUGCGUCCAAUGCAAGCACUUUCUUGGUCUUCAAGGACCAGUAUAUCCAACUCUCUUCAUCGCUUCCUAUAAAUAGAUCAUCACUAUAUGGACUAGGAGAGCACACCAAGAACUCUUUCAAGUUGAGGUCUGGCCAGACACUGACCAUGUGGAAUGCUGACACACCUAGUUCUAAUGUUGACGUUAACCUUUAUGGUUCGCACCCCUUUUACAUUGAUGUCAGAUCGCCGUCUGCUGAUGGAAAAGUGCCGGCAGGAACUACUCAUGGUGUUCUGUUGCUUAAUAGUAAUGGCAUGGAUGUCAUCUAUGGAGGUGAUAGGUUAACUUAUAAGGUUAUUGUUGGUGUUAUUGAUUUGCCUGCCCCAAUGCAGCACUGGUCAUUUGGAUUUCAUCAAUGCCGAUAUGGUUACGCGAACGUUUCGGAUCUUGAGGAAGUGGUUGCAGGCUAUGCAAAAGCUGGUAUUGCUGUGAACACAACCUAUGACACUUACAAUAGAGGGAUGCAGGCUGAUGUUUUCAUCAAACGCGAUGGGAAUCCUUACUUGGGCAAAGUUUGGCCUGGAGAUCUCUACAUCCCCGAUUUUCUAAAACCUGCUGGUGUAGAAUUUUGGCGAAAUGAGAUUAAAUAUUUCGAGAUCUUCUCCCUUUCGAUGGUCUUUGGAUUGAUUUGA